CUCCAUUGAAAAGAGGGCCUUAUUAUCUCCAACAGGGGAACAUACACGAGGUCCUACACGAAGCGAGACGUGUGCGUGGGCGUCCUAAAAGUGAGUAGGACCGUUAUCGAUCCGUUUUGGGGGAACUUUGCUGAGCAGUGGAUGUGUGUUUGCGCCGCGGCGGAGGAUUAGCUUUGAAGCUAACGACCUGAAGCAAACAGAGAACCACACCAGACCACAACAGAUCAGACCAGGUUGAGCCCAAAUACUGACACCCCCCUUCUCCCCUCCCCCCCCCUCAGCCUUGAAGGCUGCAUCCACCAGAUUGUUUCAUUUAGCAAUAAUUUCUUGUGCUGAUCGGACAACCUCAGGCCACUGGGACUGGACAGGAGGCCCAGAGGUUUCCCCCGCUGGAGCUCUAAGCUGUGCCUGGCAAUGCCUCAGCCCAGCGUCAGUGGGAUGGAGCCUCCCUUUGGGGACGCCUUUCAGAACUACUCGUUUGCUGACCAGGCCCUGACCAGCACUGAGCUGCUCGCCACCAGCUCUGACCCAGAUUUCAUGUACGAACUGGACAGAGACAUAACCCACCGGCAGAGCCCCUGUGGGGACAGCGUGGUGGGUGCUGGGGACGGAGGCAAGGAGGUGGAGGGUGGUGUGGAUCAGUUCAUGGGUCUUGGCGAGUGUGAGACAGUCUACAGCAGCUCAGCGUUUGAACAGUGGGACUCCUACUGGGAAGACCUCACCAGAUACACACGGCUGGCCAGCUGUGACAUCUGGGGCACCAAAGAGGUGGAUUUCCUUGGAUUAGAUGACUUCUCUAGUCCCUACCAGGAUGAGGAAGUGAUUGGUCGAACCCCAACGCUGGCUCAGCUCAAUAGCGAGGAUUCGCAGCCUGUGUGUGAGGCCCUCUACCCCCCUACUGACCUGACCCUGCCUGCCCCUCAGCCUCAGCCGUCCCAGCUUCCCAGUCACAGUAAGAGACCUCUGGUCCCUGGCCAAGGAUUUGGCCCCGGCUCCGCACGUCCCUCCCCAAGCUCCACAUCCUCUUCCCGUCCUUCCCGCAGCCUUCUCCCAGACUUUCCUGAAAGCUCCCAAAAAGCUACCAGACCUGUCCCCUCCAGCACUGAGACUAUGGCCAAGACCCAGAACCUCAUCAGUCUCACCCAGGACCAUGGCCAAGCUCACACCAAGCACCAGGGGCGCGGAACCAAGAUGGCAGCCCCAACUUCUCACGGCAUUGACUUUGUGCAGAAGGCUAAAGUCCGUGUGAGUGCUGUGCCUAAAGCUCAGACUGAUAUGCCCUCCCAGACGGAUUUUGAGAGGUCAGAUGCACCUCUACCUCUUUCCCAGCCCCAAGACGAGAAGGCCUGCACCUCAGCGAGCGCCACCUUGGUGGGAAUUCCAGUUGCUGCAGCCAGUGGCUCUGCCAGUCUGACGAGCUAUGAGAGGAGGGCAGAGGGGGCAGGUAGGAGGGAGAUACCUGUAGGCUGGUCCGCCACCAUGCCUCAACUGGUCGAGGCGAGCCAGGCCCUGGAGAGUAGUACUUCUGGGCUGGUCAGCAGCGGAGAUAGUGUGGCGGGAGCUAGCGGCGGUGGUGGCGUUCUGGUUGUCGAGGGGACGGAGAAGAGCAAGGAGGAGGAGCACAACUACUCUCUGUUCCUGACCCGCAGGCUGGCGGGCAGAUCCCACUCCCAGCUGGAAGAGGACGAGGAGGAGGAGGACGAGGAAGAGGUGGAGGAGGAGGAAGGCGAUGGGCUCGAGCUGGAUGACGAAGACCAUGAUGAGGGUUUUGGCAGCGAGCAUGAACUGUCUGAAAAUGAGGAGGAGGAGGAUGAGGAGGAGGACGAAGACUACGAAGCUGACAAGGACGACGACAUGAGUGAUGCCUUCUCCGAGCCAGGCUGUGACAUGGAGCUGAUGGAGGACAUUAAAGGCCUGACAGCAGGAGUCUCCAGCCGGAAGAGAAGCAGGCGUCGCUACUUCUGGGAGUACAGCGAGCAGCUCACCCCCUCCAAACAGGAGCGUAUGCUGAAGCCGUCUGAGUGGGACAGACACACGCUGCCUAGCAACCUCUACCAGAAGAACGGGCCUCUCCAUGGAAAGUAUAUGCUGAAGAAGUCUCGGCGCACAGACGUGGAGGACCUGACACCCAACCCACGCAAGCUGCUGCAGAUCGGCACAGAGCUACGCAAACUGAACAAGGUGAUCAGUGACUUGACCCCCGUCAGUGAGCUGCCGCUGACUGCACGACCGCGGUCACGCAAGGAGAAGAACAAGCUGGCAUCCAGAGCUUGUCGUUUAAAAAAGAAGGCCCAGUAUGAAGCAAACAAGGUGAAGCUCUGGGGACUCAGCACAGAAUACGAUCGGCUGCUGUUUGUUAUCAAUGCCAUCAAGGAGGAGAUAGUGGCCCGAGUGGAGGACUCCUCUCCGCGUCCGACCAACAUGGCCGACACUCUGGAGCAUCUCAUCAAAGAGACACUCGAUCUCCCUUUAUGUGUUUCUGUGUGUGCAGUGGCAUCACCUGUUGCUGGGCAGACUUCAGACUUCGUCAACAAGAUCUUGGAGAACACAGGACGCGGCGAUCCCACCGGCGGACUGGUCGGCCUGCGUGUCCCCACCUCCAAAAUCUAGACAAACCGUGGUCCACUGAGAGAAGUGGACUAGAUAUUACCACCGUGCUGUCCCAUUGUAACUAUGCUCCCCUCUGCAUGCCCCUCCAACCCAGAGUACAUACACAUUGUUAGUCACACAAACACACAUACCACUCCCUGUGUGUAUGUAUGUGUGCUUGUUUUAGCCAUGCACCUGUAUGGCGUACACCCUAGCUUACUGUCUCUGCACGCUGUGCGCAGAGUCAGUGCGUCACUGUCUCCCAACCCAUUGUGAGCGUCUGUUGGGAAAAGCGCCUCUUAAAGCAAGGGAUGGUUAGGUGUAUAGCUAAUAGCACGUCCUAAAUCCACUGGUGAUUAUUAGAUGUGUUUAACAUAGUGUUGUGUAGGGUCGGUUCAGACAGAGGUCUGCUUCCAGGGCUGACAUGGAGACAGUCACACGAGUGUAACCACUGGAAAACUUUCACAUAAUUUGCUGAGGUUGUAAUGACAGAGGAAGAAUUGUUACACAUCAGACACCAUCAAAGGUUGGAAAAAGUUCCAGUUAUCAUUUCCUAUAGGAGGCUUGCCUCACAGGGCAACAAACUAAACUCCAAGCUCUUACAAUUGACCCACUCAGUAAAGUACUAUAAUAGCUUUGGUUGCCAAGACAGCUGCAGAGAAAAAAAAAAAGCAGCGUUCUCUGAGGCGUUAUGGGGUGGCAGGAAAUAUUUUGUAUUGAAGGCCUAAAUAUGUUCAUGCCAUCCCCUGUUUGCCAAUCAGGUCUGCUGUUGUUAAAAUGUAGGAGUUAGCAAAAAAAGCUCAAAACAAAAAAGCAGAUAAAGUUAAAAUUACACUUAAACGAUUAAGCGUCAGACAUCCUGCUGGGUGGAGGUUUGCGGCAGGCAGGAGGAAGCUUAUCGGCUAAUUUUGACUACGUUAACUUAAACAACAUGAGGUAGCUGACCAUGUGGAGAGGAAGUGCAUGUCGUUUGGUGCUUUUCAGCCUUGUGCUGGUUAUAACUGGACUGGGUGAAACAGGCUUUUUGCCAGAACGGGAGCAGACUGUGAGGACGAUGAUGAUGGUGGUGAUGAAGAAGAAGACAUAGACAGUGAUCCAUCUCCUCUAGGAAACUGUACAUAGAAGUGUCUCCCAGUGAAAAACGGCACCGGCUCCCCUUUUUGUACAGUAGAGAAGACCAGGCUAACAGUUUGGUGUGUUCAUACUAGUGUUUGAUCAGAGUUCUAUUCAUUGUGCCUUGUGUAUGUAUGUGUGUGUUUCUGUAAGUCUGAGUGAGUGUGUGAGAGGGACUGAACGAGAGAAGGUGAUUGGUCAGAGCUCCCCGAGGUCCAGCCAAGGAGAGGACUACUUUACACUGAGGGAGUUUGUUAGUGCGAGGAUGGAGACAUUUGUGGGGUUCGCUGUGUAUUUCAGUUGUCUAAAGAUAUUCUGAAUGUACAUAAAACAAGUGGAAGCUCUCGUUGCGUGAUGCCACAGAGUCUGUGUAUAUAGGAGGGCUCUGCAAUAGAUUACUUUUGGUUUUUGGUACUCUUGUCUUUAGGGAUCGGGGGAGGGUUAAGAGAUAUUUUCGUUUAGAGUUACAAAAAAAAUAUUUGCACACUAUAUUUUGAUUGUUUUUUGUACCAAAGACACAUGCAACGAAAUGGCGACCAGCCAGUUAAAGUAAGGUUUUGCACAGCUUACCUGACGCCGUAUUGAAUGUAAGAAAUGUGGGAGGGUCAGGGAACUUCAUAGAACUGUGAAAUUAGCUUGGGUCCAAUUCUGUACAGAAAAGGAACAUUCAUGAAUUUUUUUAAAAUCUGAAAAUCAACCCCGUCUGUGGGCUUCUCCAGUAGAUGUGUUGCUUAGCAAGCACUUCAUUCCUGAACUGAUUCCUACCCCCCACAUGCUAAUUGUUUUAAUGGCGCUUUCUAGGAUAAAACCCAAGAGCGCAAGUAGAUAAGCUAUGUUACAUUUUUGCUUGUUUGUCAAAAUGUCACCAACAAUAACCAAAAUGUUUUGUUCCUGUUGUCACUUGUUUGAUUUCUGUAUGUAGAAGAGGUCUAGUCAUCAUCAACAGAAUAUUAACGGAAUUGUGUUUUAAAGUACUGUAUAUAGACACAUUAAUGCUAUAUCUAUCAAUGGUGAAAUGCCACUUUUCAUGACAAUUGAUUCAUUUUUAAGCAUGACACAUUUCUAAAAGCCUAUCCUUGCAUCGAGAUGUUAGAGGGAAAAAACACAAAAACCAAAAAAAAAAAAAAGUUCUUGUUAUAUUUUUGUACUUUAGCUGCCUGCUAGCUUUCCUGUUGGUUUGGAAGUAUUCAUUGGGAGGAGAGAAGGAGAUGUGGAGGAAAAGAGGAGACAGGUCUUAAAGAGCAGCCAGUCAAUCUGAUAGUUUGAUAUAUGAAUCGACACUUGACCUCUUCAGUCUCCUUUGCUGGCUGAGGGAAAUACAGAGAAGCAGGACUGGAUUUAUUUAAAACAUAAUGCAGUGAAGCCAUGGUCUAGUUUGAAUGGUCUAUAAAGAGAAUGAGGACAUGCUGUCUUUAGCGAGGACAGGAAAGCAAGGAACUCAGAGGACAACAGCGUGAAGAUGUGAGGACAGUUUGCAUAAGAAAGCCAAAGCCAUUUGAUUCUGGCCCAAACUGAUUUGGAUUCAGCGCUGCGCAUUGUCAUUCAGAUUUCUACACGUAUUCCCUCUGUUGACCAUGAAGUUGGUUGAGUUUUGCAUUUCCUGGGAGAGGCAUUGUUCCUUUUGAGGUGGCAUUGCUGGAUUUUUAUCUGCCUGGCCUUGCCUUUGGUCCUCAGCUCACACCCUUCCUGACCGCUAAGAAUAACUUAAUUUACCACAACUCAGAGUUACAGUAUCCAGGCCACAAAUUGGCAGCAUGUCCAACCUUUAGAAAUGCAUGAUGCCUGUAUGCUUGCCUCCCUGCUGCCUCCCCGGAGGAAACGCCGCCAUUCCCGGGAACUUAAAAAUUCAACCAAACGCGUCUGAUGAGGCUGAAUUCAGGUUAGCUUGAAGUGAAGAAGGCGCUGCUUCACAGAAUGAACUCUGAUGUCUGACGAUGGUGGUCUUUCUGUAUCGUGUGAUUGAAUAACAGCUAGUGCUACAUAUAUAUAUUUUUACUGAUUUCUGUUCCGUCUAAAAAGGGAGAAAUGGUGCUUUUUUCUGAAACUAGAAUGAUGAGUAUCCAUGAUUCUUAUUUGACUCCUUAGUCUAGUUGUAGCCUAAUGACUUGCUCUCCCCUACCGUCCAUAGCUAUUUUCUUAGUAGUGAUUCAUUUUUGUAAAUAGUCUAUAUAAGUUAAUAUGUAUCUUCUAAAUGUUAGAUAUAUGUAUAGAAUACUCUAUCUUAUAUGUUUGAAAACAAAAGCACUUUGUCCAAAAAAGGAAAAAAAAAAAAACACAAAAAAAAGAAAAAGAAAAGCAUUUUUUUCUUCCAUUUGCUGCUAAAAGGCCUGGUGUGAAUGCUGCAAGUGUACUUGACGACUACUUGCUAGGAUAGGUCUAUUACCUGACUUGGCUAGGUCUAUAAACUAGCAGGGAUUAGGUGUAGGACCUGACGAGGGCUAGAUCUACAUGUUUCUGGAGCCAUGUAAUGAUGCGAGGUGUCGUAUGAGCGCGUAUCAUUGCUUGGCUUUUGGUGUUUUGACAGGAUAGGUCUAUUUCCUGGUCAGGAGCCGUGCGGAUAGGGUGUUUGUGGUCUUAAAAAAAAGAGGGUUUUGAUUCCAGGGCCCCUACGUUGAUCCUGAUGCUGACCCCCUUGGCGUCAUGAUUCAUUUGCCUUCAGUAGAGGUUUCCUAUGGAAAAACUGAUUCUGCUUUGGCUUCCUCUUCAGGGUGAUGUACAGUGUAGACACAUUUCUCCAGAGAGCUAUAUUGUUAUCAUUUGUAAACUGAUUUCUACUUGUGACUUAAUGAGGAGGGGGUUUAGCCUAGGGCGGCCAGGAAGAGCCCAUUUGAAAGACGUUGUUCCGGGCCGCCUUAGGGGAAGUUACUAUAUCACUGUACUGUAUGGCAAGCCAGUUACAAAUGGAGGCUCAAUCCGGACACUUAUUGCCUUUUUGAACUUUUCACUUACACACAAACAAAAAUAAUAACAUGGCAGACAUGUCAGUUGCCAAGGGGUGUGCCCGAGGUUGAUGACAUUGUUGCGCCAAUAUACAGUCAACAACAACAAAACCAUUCAGCCUGAUAGGCUCAAAACAACCUUGACUGAAGUAGCAGACGUGGUGAAAUAAGUCUGAAAAACAGCUUCAAAAAAUUUGAACUACUUGUGCUCAGUUGUAUCUUUUGGGAUAAUAUUUGAAGCAUUUUUUCGGCUACAGUUUUGCCCAGGUCUGGCAGGGGGUCAACAGUGGUUAAAGGGCUGCUGGUUGGCCGACAGUAGAGCGGAGCGUUUGUGUUUUGUAGUCGAUCACGAGGCUGAUACAAGAAAGAGUCCUCACAGGUUUUUACAUUUAACAUGAUAGGCGCAAGCUGUGCAACUUUACAUUCAAACCAGGAGACUCUGUGGCAUUUUAACAGUCAAGGAAAUGAGUGAAAAUCCACGCCAGUAAAACUAUUCCUUAUUCUUUUUAUUUCUGAUGACAUAAAUCCUAUACAGUCAACUAUUAAGCUAAUAGAGUGUGUAACUUUGUGCUACUCUUGUCCAAUAAAAGCUAAGUGGAUCCAUAAAGCUCUUCUUCAGCAAAUCAGGGUAAUAUCGUUCUUCUAUCUGACAUAUGUGAUGACAUAUAAAAUCAAAAGAAAAUAUAUUUAUGUAUUCCAAUUAUUGUCGCCAUUCUUUACUCUGUACAAAAUAUUUUGUGUGUGUGCGUGUGUGUGCGUGUUAUGAAAUAUCAAUGUCAAUCAAUAUAGUGCAAUGCUCUCUACACAAACUGAAAAAAAGGCCAACAGACUUGUCACAAGAAUAAUCAAAGUUUCUCCGCUUUCUCCAGAUCGGUAUUCUAACAUACACAACCUGCAACAUUUUCCUCUCACAAAGGAUUUGACUCUGAUUUCCUGCCGUGAUCCAACUGGGGUUUGUCACUUGGUGCUGAUUACUUUUCGUUAUCCAACAAGUCAUCCAAGAAUUUAAAUGGCAUCUGUAUUUAGAUCCACUCACAAAUAACAUGUGAUUAUUGUUCCCAAUAACUGUCAUCAGACCGGACUUCCCCUCCCGAUCAUUUUCAUUGAUUCUAACUGUCCCUGUUGGACCAAUCAGAGGAAGAUUCACACUGAUUCUUACUCUGAACAACAGAAUGAUGAUUUCUGUAUUACUGAGCUGUAUGAUCGCUGUUGUUAAGCAUACCAUUAUUUGUUGUGUAAAAGUCAGACUCUGGGAUUUAACACCACUGUACAAACUCACAGCAGAGCCAUAUCCCAUCUGUUAGGUACAAAAUAUUGACCAGAACUGCGAAAUUAAUGCACAUAUUCUGGUGCAUUAGGACGUUGUUUUGUUAAUUUAAAUAGCAAGUGGAAUUUCCUUUAAUUGUUAAAAUAUUGGUAUAAAUCCAACUUGUGUAAUAUUUGGUAACACUUUAUUAUUGUUUCUGAAAUGUUGGAAUAUUUUCAAAGAAGUUUCAUGGAAGGAGCUAUUUAUUUGGUUGUAGGGAAAAUAAUUGAUUCACUUAAAGUGCAAAGCAGGAAGGCUUCAACAUAUAUGGAAGACAUUGUAUGAGUGAAUACUUAACUUGGCUUUAAAGCUGCCCUAAGCAAUAUUUAUAUAUUUAAAAAAAAUGAUUUAUUUACUUCAUGUAAAGUGACAGGUUGUUGCCUGUAGUAAUCAACCCACAGAGAACUGAAUAGAUUCUGCAGCUCUGCUCAUCUCAAUUGAGCAUUUUAGCAUCUUUCAGCUUUUUGUUUUGGUUUUCAGGCCUGAAACUUUACUGGUUUUCGCAGACAGACACAGUUAGCAAUUAGCUGGUGAACAGAGCCUCAUGCCCAAUAACAGCAGCAGAUUUAAAGCCAAUUUGACAUAGUGGCCAAAAGUGGAAUUACCACUUCCGAGUUCAUUACAUUGACACUGUACGUUUCUGAAAACUACAAAUACGUUACAUUUGUACAUUAUUUUGUAACAGAUACACUGAAACUUUAUUUGUCACAACGUGGUGGGUGGUGAAGGUUUGGUUAGGUUAAGGCACAAAAACAACUUGGUUAUGGUCAGGAAAAGAUUUUUGUUUAGUGGCAAAAAAGCUGCUGGAAAAACAAGUCUGUAAAAAACACCCAGGAUCAGUGCCACACACUGUUGGACAUGCAGCAGGUGUUUGUUGGAUUCAAACAGUCGUCCACCAACCCCUCAACAUCCCAGUGACAAAGUCAGCUUAGAUACUUCGUCAUCGUAGAAACAUUGAUAUGAUUCGUAUGAAAUGUGAAAAUAUAACAUACAGUUGUGGUUUACAGUAACGUACAAUGCAAACAUUUUCUUCUGGCGGUUUGGCUUUACCGUGGUGCCCUAAAAGACUUUAUCGCAAUGACUGACAAAUUUUUUAACCAGAAGUCAAACUUUUUUGGUUUCAUGCGCCACUGAGCAGUUUACGUGGGAAUGGAUGGGGCCCUGCUUCCAGUGCUGUAUCCCGUUCUCUUUAUACAUCCAUGGCAUGGCCUCAGACCGUUCGCCAUUUUCUACUUUCUCGCUUCAGCUUUGAUUUGCUUGAAAUGGAUAUGCCAUCAGGUUACUCUUAGAUUACCAUGAUAAAAGCACUGCUUAAGUGAAUCAAAUUCACUUAGGCACCCCAGGACACAGGGAAGCAUUUAGCUGAGUUGGUAGAUACCAAAAGCAGAUCUUAAAGAGACUAAAUAUUGGACUUAAAUUCACCACAUGGCCAGAAACAGGACUCCAAAUGAAUGAUGCUAUUUGCUAACACGUUCACAACAACUUUGUAAGGGAAAAAACACGAAAUAGCUGUUUCCAAGAAACUUCUCAGUAUGUUAUUAUGAAAUUACAGAUCUUAAAGAUGAAUGUUGCCAAAUAUUCUUUCCUAAAUAAAUGGGGUUUGUCAAAGAAAAACUACAAAUUACCUCACCUCCUGCUGGUUGUGAUGUCAGAUUUCAGAGUCUGGUUUUCCUUUCGGGGCAUUUCAAAUGUUUCCUGUCUUGUUUGGACCCAUGUGGGCUGCCCUCGUUGCUUGUAAAAACACCUCAUCUUCAGAGGCUGUAUGCUUACGACCCUCCACAUUUUUCCCUGUGUAAAGUAGAUGCAUACAGAAAUGUACUCUGUGACAUAAAGAAAUGCUGUGGGAAUGAUGUUUCUGCAUGCCGAUUUCCCGCGUAGCACUGAGAGAAUCAAGUGACGUCUGGAGUUCUUCGCAGAUUGGGAAAUAAUUUGGCCAAUCAACGGUCUCCAUCAUCACAAAGUUCACUCACUGCACUGUCAGUCGAAUGAUUUCAUACUUGCUGCUAUUGAAUGAGCACAAAGAGACUUAAGUUUUUGAUUUCGAGUGUCCAUGACACAAUUACCGUUUAUUAUUAUCACACACCCCGUUUUUUGUUUUCAACACCUUUUUUCCUACGACAGUCAAAAGACCAACAGUGUUACUCACCAUGCACUUGGUUUUUGAAUAUGAUGCCUGCUGAACCAGGUGCCUUAAUCAAAUAUAUGAGAACACAAAUCUGCACCUUUUGUCAGUCUGGAGGGGGUUUCCCUACAGAAACAAGGGGCUGGGUUUCCCAAAACCUAAACUUGAAGUACAAAAAGCAAAUGAACCUCAUUUUAAAACCUGAAUCAAAACAUUUUGUAUCCGCCUUUAACAGCAGAUGAGAGCUGUUUCACCCUGCAAAGGAUUUCCCCAUCGAAGUAUUACUAGAGAAGAGCAUAAAUAAGAACUUAUAAACUAAAUUGCAGUUGUUUUGGGAAACCUGGUUCCGUUUUGAACUCUUUCUCUGCCCACUACGCCAUGUUAUUGUGUUUUCUGUAUUGGCUGCUGCUGCUAUCACCGCUGGUGUGUCCGUGUAGAGAAGAGCAAACUUCCACUGUGUCUAAGGCAGAGGGAGACUUGGGCCUGCUUUUUACCUAGUCAAUUACAAUGCAUCCUUCUUCUUCUUCUUCUUCUUCUUCUUCUUCUGUGGUUUUGACAUGGAGCACCGUGUUGCUGCCUCUAGAGACCUUUUUCGAGAAAAACAAAAGAAAAAAAGCAUAAAACAGAACUUUCCGUUUCUUAACUUUGCUAUUAUGAAGUGCCAGACCCUCCUUGAAGUCAGUGUGUUGGCACUGAGUCGCAGGUUGCGAAUGAAGCGACAAACUGAGCAUGGAGGUAAACUGUGGUGCUAAUCUGUCAGUGGCUGGGUGCUAACAUGGCUGUGUUAAAAAGCUGUAUUAGCCAUAUUAUUCCUUCUGUUGAUGACUCCGGUCAGUCUUGUGUUUCUGACUGCUGCACUGCUGUAUGCUGACAUAGCGAGGUAUAACUCUGCUGCUGCUGCUUUGCUGAUGAAUGUAGACUAGUCUUCCUCAGCAGGAUCAUACAGACAGACGUGAGUGUCUGGCGGAGCUUUUUUCCUGUUGUGCUACUUCCUGUUAGACAUUUUGUUUGGAACACAGAGGGAGACUCUUGUCGUCAGGAUCCAGAAAAGAUCAUGAAUGUUGUAUCUUUAUAUGGCCGUUGUCCUGCUUGUAUGUUUAAACCUUUUUUUAUUAAUUAAUAUUAUGGUUUGAUAUUUAUGCUCUGACUCUGUCAAAUGUUUGCACAUUUGAAUUUUUAUUCCCUAAAUUAUAUUUUAUUGCCUUUUUUCCCUGAUCCAAGUGUUCAUACCAUUUCUUUGAUAUUUAUUUGUUUUGUCCUGUAAAUUAACAUGUGAGGAGACAAUUUGUUGAAUCAAGACUUUUUACUAGCUUUUCCACAAAAGCAGGCUUCAUUAGGAGUCACAUGAGGUUCACAGACAUGAAUCAAAGUCACAAUGAAAACGGAAACUAUCUGGCAAUUAGUAAGUAAUAAUUACAACAUAUGUUUUCUUGUAUUUUUACGCAGAAAUCUUAUUACAUGUGCUCAUGAUUUAUCGUUAAUAUGACCUCAUCAUACGCUACAAAUUUAAUUUAUAGAGGAGAUGCAAUUAAUUAAGUAAUGUUAAAUUACAUGGCAGAGAAUGCGUCAUCAGAUUAUUAAACAACUUAAACAACAAUAGAAAGAAAUUAGUGAAAGACAUAAAUCAGGAUAAAAAUUGAUUUACAAAAAACUACAUAGACAGAUACAUGAAUGCAGCAAUUAUCGCACCUAACAGAGCAGCACUUUUAAAUUUCGUUGUAUUGUUCUCAAUAUAAUGACAAUAAAGGCACUUUGACUUUUUUUUACUUUUUUUUGACAGCAAGAUGAAUACUUAAAGGAGAUCAAAUUUACUAAUUGUUGGCAGACGAGAAGGUUGUUCCCAGUCGUGUCUGUACAGUGAAUAUAAAUCUACAGCAAGCAUCUUAGCUUAGUUUAGAUUAGCACAAGACUGGUUUGUGUAGACGCACUUUCACCGGAGUUUUAAAUAAGCAAAACAUUUUUUUUCUAUAAACAAAACUUACAAUAUGUCAUCAGAAUAACUUGAAAAGUGAAAUUACAUAAAAAUACCACACAUUAUGGCUUGUUUCUGUGUUCUUGUCUUCCUGUCCUUCGCUAACCUAUUACUUUAUACUUUCACUGCACUAUGUUCUGCCCUAAUAUCACUUAAAGGAAACAAGAACUGCAGUUUCAUUGUGACUUUGAGUAAUAGUUGUCUGUGAAGCCCAUGCAGCGUUUUGUCAUUGGAGGUUUGAGGCGUGUAGCACCAAACAGAGUUAUAAUUUUCCGAAAAUGUGAUAAAGCCUGAAAAUGAAACAAAAUUUGCACUCAACUUCAUCAAAAGUCUGAUAGAACCCAGCAACGCAAUAAUGUCACCAGUAAUGUCAUAAAAUGUCUGGAUUGAUAUUGUAAUAACAUUUGUACUGAUAAUGUAAUACCAUAAUACAUUAUUGGGAAUUUAACUAUAAUUUUUCAAAUCAGCCUUAUUGUCUUGACGGCCCCUCUGGAGUUGCGGCAUUUUUUUUCGCGCAUGCCAAAACAAUUAGCCUGUGCUCUCAGAUAUUUGAAAGCACCAUUUGCAACACAAAGUGAUGCUAAUUUCGCCUUAUUAGGAAGUCAUUCACCACGUGUGUAAAAAGUACCCAGACAUUAUACUUAAGUCAAAGUAGUGGUUCUCAAACUUUUUUGUCAGGCCCCUCUUUGAAAUUAGAAAAAUCCAUUCCCCAUCAUAAUCCAUGGGGAUGCAAGAGAAUUUAAGUCAGUUUCUACUUUUAAAUCUGCUUAAGUACUAAGGUCAACUUUUUUUUUUUAAAAUCUAAUUUCAAAUUUAAAUUGAAACCCCUUUUGAAUGGAGAGAUUUCCACAAAUCAGAUGAGGCAAAGGAGUCACUCAGUCACUGUUGACUCGGAACAUUUUGUGGAGAUUGAAUUGACUUCAUAGCUCGCUUGUGUUAUAUUAGCCAUCUUCUGCAGCUUUUGUCACCUGAAAUCGACAUCAAAGAACUAGUGAUGACAAGGCUGACCAUUGUGUCGCCUUACAUCGCCUGUGUCUGUGCCAAAAAGUUGCACUUGAACACACCGCAAAGACUGCAUCCAGUUGAGACUAGCACUUAUGUUCUACGCCUGUGUGAAAGGAAAUAACCUUUUAUACCAGCAGGUGGCAGUAGUCUGUGUUCGUCAUUCAAAAAAGGAAACUGAUAAGACUGACAGGACAUAUUAAAGACAUUAGUUAGCCAGUUAGUACAUGAACAACACAACCCGAUGUUGAAAGAACCAAAUUCUGAGCUGAACUGCCGAUUUUAUUCACCGACAGGCUCCGCCAUCUCUUUUUCCGAUUUAAAAUGCUGAAUCAGCUGAAAAAAGCUGACGAAGGCCGUCUAAUGCCAACUGUGCAGGACACACCGCUAAAACCAGGGCGGCAUACACUCACUGACGACCCAACAUUGACCAACGGCCGACUGUUGGUUUGCUGAAAAACAAAAAAGACCCACAUUAAAGUAAAAAUGUCAUAAUAAUAUCAGUCAGGAUUUUUAUUCAAUUAUUGGUCAAGUUAUUACAUUGUUGGAUUUUAUUACAUUUUCAAUGAGGUUAAGUGCAAAUCUUACUACAUUUUCAGGCGUUGCUACAUUUUCAGGAAAUUCUAAUACUAUUGGUGCCAAGGCAGUUAGGACUCAUCGAGUCAGCAAUGUUAACCUCUCCUUGACACAGCUCCUCUUUUGUCAUGACUCUGGACCGAGGUCCGGGUGCUCCACAGCCUUGGAGCUCAGGUUAGGAGUCGGCUCGCCUGCUCUCUCUAACUUUGGUGGGGAAAUUUGAACAUUUGAUUAGUUUUCUGGGAAAACUUCACCACUGCACCAGAGAUGUUCCGCCCCCUUCUGGGUGCUUUUCUUUUUUCAGAAGGGCUUUGGUUCGCAGUUGUCUUGUCAGGGAGCUCCUGAGAUUAGCCAGGGGCCACUAAAGGCUGGUGGGCAGAGACCCCUCACCUCCCCUGCAAUGAAUGAUCGGGGGUAGGGAGUCAUUUCCUCUUCUGCAGACUGAUUUUAUUAAAGCAAACAACCCACCCUCGAUAAUAAAAAAAACAAAAAACCCCUGUUUCCAUAUCUACACACGUCAUCAUCCAACACUGCAGUGAUUUACAUCUCCUUCCAGAUUUGCCAAAAUGCAUGGCGCGAGAGACAUUUAACAAACAGAAAAUGUUUAUAAUGAAGCAUAAGUUCUGUUUCUUUUAUUUUUCAAUUUUGAUAAUAAAGACAGACAGUAAGACGAUUUCAUAGGAAAUCCAUACAAGUCCAAACAUGUAGAGGAUGUGGGAAGUAUCGGUCACCCUGAGCUCCACAGCUACAUGCCAUUGUUAUGAUGCUUCUGGUCUUGUAUGGUAACUUAUUUGACUAGAUCAACAGCAUGGGAUCUUUCUGUAGUUAGUCCUGUGUGUGUUCCUCUCCCCAGUCUCAGUAGGAAGGCUGUACUUCAUUGCUAAGUGCACUAUAAUAGAUCUCUUGGUGAUUAUAAUUUCAUAAAGAAGCAAAACCUGCAGAAAGUGUAUCCUGCUGAAACUAACUUGAUCCUCUCUUUAGCAAUGACGUCUAUAUUUGUAGUUCACAUAUAUGCCUGUUCGAAUACAAUAUCUUGACAGUUGUUAUAUUUAUGUUGUGUAAUAAAUGUCGUGCUGGGUUUUUACUUUUGUUUUAUCUAACGUUUUGUUUUUCCAUUGUAUUUUCUUUUCUUUGGAGGCACAGUGGGUGGCUUUAUGCACAGGAAUGGAAAUUUAAAAGAUGUUUUUUUUGUUUUGUUUGUUUGGUUUGUACUGUAACGACUCAUUCUGGUUCAGAGCUUCUGACAGUUUUCGUCUCUGGCUGCUCGACAUCCUGCGGACACCUGCCCCGAAUCUCUGUUGUGUUAUUGUGCCUCUCUCUUUUUCUUUUUCUUUCUUAUUUUUUAAAUCAUUCUUUCUCUGUUGUAUCAGCCGGGAGUUGGUACCACAGCUCUGCUUGUAACCACAAUAGUCUGAUUAUGUUUAUUGAUUUUAAUAUCAAAAUAAUAAAACCAUUAGCACCCCA